AAAGGGGCCAUCUCAUCGAAUCAACGGUGCCUAGUGCUCGUGUGCCAUCUCUUCGACUUGGGAGUCCCAGCGCCGCCGCGCCGCCUCCCAUCCCAUGGCGUCGCUGCUCCGCCUCCAGGCCCUCGCUCCAGCCAUGACAGUUCCCCGCCACCAUUUCCUCAUCUCCCCUCUCCGCCUCGCCUCUGCAGCCACGGCUCCGCUCGCUCGACGCCUCUCCACCGCCGUCUCCAGCAACAAGCCGGAGCCACGCGUCUCGGAACCGGAUCUGGAAUCAGGUCUGUAUCUUGUGGCAACGCCAAUUGGGAACCUUGAAGAUAUCACCUUAAGGGCACUGCGUGUCCUUAAAUGUGCUAAUGUGAUACUAUCUGAAGACACAAGGCAUUCAGGAAAGCUACUUCAACAUUACAACAUCAAAACACCUCUUCUUAGCUUCCAUAAGUUCAACGAGCGUGAGAGAGAGCCCAGUAUCUUAAGGAGGCUUCAUGAAGGCGAAGCAGUUGCACUGAUAAGUGAUGCUGGCACGCCAGGUAUUAGUGACCCUGGCAUGGAACUGGCUAGACUAUGUGCAACUGAGAAAAUCCCUGUCAUUCCCAUUCCUGGGCCUUCGGCUGCAAUUGCUGCUCUUUCUGCAUCGGGUCUGCCAUCAAAUGAAUUCACAUUUGUUGGGUUUUUACCAAAGCAUGCUCGGUCAAGAAGAGAUAGGCUUGAGAUAUCUGCUCAUGAAGCUGCUACACAAAUAUUCUAUGUUCCUCCCCAUGGCAUUCAUCAGUUUCUUGUUGAUGCUGCUUCAUCUUUUGGUGAUUCUAGGCAAUGCGUUAUUGCAAGGGAGAUAACAAAAAUACAUGAAGAGUUUUGGCGGGGAACUUUAGGUGAAGCAAAUGAAGCCUUUGCAACUCGACAACCAAAGGGAGAAAUAACAGUGCUCAUAGAGGGGAAGUUAAUUUCAGUUGACGAAUCUCCAUCAGAGGAUUUCCUUGAGCAUGAACUAAGAGAAUUGACGGCAAAGGGUUAUACUCUUUCUGCGGCGGUGAAAUUGGUCACUGAAGCCACAUCAGCAAAGAAGAAAGAUGUUUAUGCACUCGCAUUGAGGUUGUUUGGAAAAUAAGUAAAAUGCAACUUUUGAUCACAUCUGACACAGGACAGGAAUGAGAUGGAUUAUUGUUCCUCUUAUAAAAGCCUGAAGUGGAAUUUGUGCAUCGCCAUCUAAAAGAACGUCCACAAGCUGUCAAAUCCUGUGCAACUGCUACCUACUCCCUGAUGGUUGGGUCUGUUUAGAUUGGAGAUGAAAAUUUUUUGGGUGUCACAUCGGAUGUGUCGAAAGGAUGUCGGAAAGGGUUUUUAGAAACCAAUAAAAAAACAAAUUACAUAGCUCGUCACGAAACUGCAAGACAAAUCUAUUAAGCAUAAUUAAUCUAUCAUUAGCAUAUGUGGGUUACUGUAGCACUUAAGG